GGGAACGCACAUGAAGCGUAUAUAUUCAGAGAGGUGAUGCUCAGAGUAAAGGCGCAAGGCUCUUGGUACCAGCACAACACACAACGCACAGCAUCUCAACACCAAGGGUCUCAGCACAAAGCAUCAUGGAAGCUGCCAUCUGCACCCUUGUUACCCAGUUCAAGACGCACGCUGGGAAAGAUGGAUCCUCCAGCACCCUGAGCAAAGACGAAUUCCAGAACCUGGUGAUCUCUGAGCUGCCCAACUAUGUCAAGAACGCCAGCGAUCCCGUGGUCAUCGAGCAGCUCAUGGGUUCGCUGGAUGAAAACAACGACGGGGAGCUGACUUUCAGCGAGUUCUGGCAGCUCAUUGGAAAACUGGCGAGCAAACAGGGAGGCUUCACUCAGUAAAUCCCAUCGCUGUCUUGUCAAUUGUGGCUUUGAGCAGAUUGUGCAACACCAAUCAGCUCAAUUCAAGCUGUCCAACUGUAAACUCAAAGGUCUGAAAGUUCUUUUACCACUCCACCAAUGCCACAUGUGUAACUCUUUAGUUAACCAUUUGUUGAAUGCAACUUUGAAUUAAAGCCUUCAUUGUCUUUAACAUUCAGCCGCCCACA